AUGUCUUCAAUCCGAUUUGACGGGCAAGUAGCCGUGGUUACGGGGGCUGGCAACGGCCUUGGCCGAACUUAUGCCCUAGAAUUGGCAAAAAGAGGGGCCAAAGUUGUGGUUAAUGAUCUGGGAGGCGACGCUCAUGGAUCUGGCGGGUCGAGAGCGGCGGAUAAAGUGGUGGAUGAGAUCAGAAAAGAGGGAGGAAUAGCUGUUGCCAACAAUGAUAGUGUUGAACAUGGAGAGAGGAUUGUAAAAACAGCGAUUGACAAUUUCGGGAGAAUCGGUGAGAUGUGUUUUUUUGCUGUGUAGAAGGGUGUAAUUUGAGAUGUAAAUUGUGCCGCUAAUAUCGAUUUGAAACUUUCAGAUAUCUUGAUCAAUAAUGCCGGAAUUCUCCGUGAUAUCUCGUUUGGAAACAUGAAAGAGAUCGACUGGAGUAAGUUGCAAAACAUGAACAACAAAAUCAGUCUUCUAGAGAGGCAAUUGUUUAGCUUCUAAAAUACGAGGAGGAGUACGAUUCCGCGCAAUUUUGCUUUUCAUUAAAGAAAUAGGUUUUUUGACCUAAACGACUUCUUCAAUCGUCUUUUCAUUAAACCUGUAUAUAAAAAACAUUUUCAAAGGCCCUAACAGACCAUUCUAGGCUAAAAUGGAAGUCCGUAAAACAAAACUCUUUUAUAGAGGAAUCUCUUGAAAUUCUUUUUCAAGGCCUUAUAUACAAGGAAUUUCCUUUACAUCAAAUCAAAGACUGAAGAAUACAUAAUUACUUCUGUAGUCAUUAAUUUCAGACCUCAUAAUGAAAGUCCACUUGAAUGGCGCUUACUCUUGCACUAAAGCUGCUUGGCCGCACAUGAGGAAACAGAAAUAUGGGCGAAUUCUUUUCACCAGCUCCAACUCCGGAAUCUAUGGGAGUUUUGGUCAAGUCAAUUAUGCUGCCGGUAACUUUUUUUACAGCUGUCAACGCAUCAUCAAUCUACUAAUAUUAUACGUCAUUUUUCAGCCAAACUCGGCCUUAUCGGAAUGUCCAACGCUUUGGCAUUGGAAGGAAAGAAAUAUGGGAUUGGAGUCAACGUUUUGAGCCCUACUGCUGGAAGUCGGCUGACGUUGACUGUAAUGUCUCAAGAAGCUGUGCACGCCCUAAAACCGGAAUAUGUCACUCCAAUGGUUGUCUACAUCGUGUCGAAGCAGAAUGAGACAACUGGGCAGAUCUAUACAGCCGGUGCUCAAUGGUACGGGCAGUUCAAAUACUACCGAACCAAGGGGAAAUUCUUCAAGAACCCGACCGCUGAGGAUGGUAAGAGAUGAUCUGUAGCUCCGUAAUACGUUGAAAUUUCAGUUCGAGACUCGUGGAGUGAAAUCACUAACCAAGAAGGACGCCGGGCAUUCAAAACAACCAAGGAAAUCCAAGAUUAUCUGUUGGCUGGCUUGGCCAAAAUAUAA